CCGCAGAUGAAGAGGAGGCGGCGGCAGCGGUGGAAGAAGAGGCGGAGGCGGCGGGGGUAGGGAGCCUGGAAACGCGAGCGGGGAUGGUAGGUGGUUUGGACCCGCCGGGCCGCCGUCGUUUCCAGAAAGGGUUUGACUGGAGGAACCUCUGGAGCAGCUAUGCAAAAGCAAAUCUCAUCUCCAGUGAACUGUUUUUCAGUCAGUUGCUGACUACUGAAUUCCUCAGGUGACUGAAAAGUGAACAGUUGAUGUGGUAAUUGGGUGUUUGACGACUAAUCCUUUACAAUCAGGUUGGCUGGCUCCUCUGGCUGAUGGCAUGUUGAGGCACGUGGGCCAGUGGCAGGGAGGGCAUCCAAUCCAGAGGGGGCCACUCUAGAGGCCAGGCCAUCAGCACCAUGGGCCAGUGCGUCACCAAGUGCAAGAAUCCCUCAUCAACCCUGGGCAGCAAGAAUGGAGACCGUGACCCCAGCAGCAAAUCACACAGCAGGCGGGGUGCAGGCCACCGUGAGGAACAGCCACCAGCCUGUGGCAAGCCAAGUGGGGAUAUCCUUGUCAAUGGGACCAAGAAGGCAGAGGCUGCCACUGAGGCUUGCCAGCUGCCAACAUCCUCGGGAGAUGCUGGGAGGGAGCCAAAGUCAAAUGCCGAGGAGUCUUCUUUGCAGAAGUUGGAAGAACUGUUCAGGCGCUACAAGGAUGAGCGGGAGGAUGCAAUUUUGGAAGAAGGCAUGGAGCGCUUUUGCAAUGACCUGUGUGUUGACCCCACAGAAUUUCGAGUGCUGCUCUUGGCUUGGAAGUUCCAGGCUGCUACCAUGUGCAAAUUCACCAGGAAGGAGUUUUUUGAUGGUUGCAAAGCAAUAAGUGCAGACAGCAUUGAUGGGAUCUGUGCACGGUUCCCUAGCCUCUUAACAGAAGCCAAACAAGAGGAUAAAUUCAAGGAUCUCUACCGGUUUACAUUUCAGUUUGGCCUGGACUCUGAAGAAGGGCAGCGGUCACUGCAUCGGGAAAUAGCCAUUGCCCUGUGGAAACUAGUCUUUACCCAGAACAAUCCUCCAGUAUUGGACCAAUGGCUAAACUUCCUAACAGAGAACCCCUCGGGGAUCAAGGGCAUCUCCCGGGACACUUGGAACAUGUUCCUUAACUUCACUCAGGUGAUUGGCCCCGACCUCAGCAACUACAGUGAAGAUGAGGCCUGGCCAAGUCUCUUUGAUACCUUUGUGGAGUGGGAAAUGGAGCGAAGGAAAAGAGAAGGGGAAGGGAGAGGUGCAUUCAGCUCAGGGCCCGAGGGCUUGUGUCCCGAGGAGCAGACUUAGUGACUCUGUCCCAGGAGCAGCAGCAAGGAUCUGCCUGCUGCCCUGCCGCCAACUGAGGAAUUGGACCUUUCUGGAAAUUACUGAAGAUCCGGAUAUUUUCUACUUUACACCUUUCUCUGCCUUGUAUCUGAAAGGGCUCUAAAAUGCUGUAUCAUGUUUUAGGCACUUUCUUCACUUUUUGGUUAUUUUGGUUAUUUCUUUUUUGGGGGAUCCCCCAAAAUAUUUGAACCUGGCUACAUGUUGUGUAUCUUUUUUUUGAAGCCUUCAGAUAGAAUAGCCUGCCAUUUCUUGCACAAAUUAGAUUUUGGGGGGCGGGUGUAGGGUAGGGCCGGGGAGUGGGACGGUUAGGUUGAAUUAACAUUACAAAAUGAUACAGUGCCAGAUCUCAGUUUUGCAUAUUCUGUUUUUCAGGGCAGGUCUGUACUGUGUGUAGUGCUGUUUACAUGGUUGAAUUUAGGUUGUAAUAAUUAUUUUUAAAGAUUUACAGAGUUGAAUAGCAGUGUUAACUGUUAACCACAUUGCAUUAAUUCCCAGGCAAAUUAAAGCUCUUGGAGAGCAAAGGCCAGCCAAGAGCGUUUGUAGUCUGGUGACAACCCCCUUUUUAGCUAAUUUAUCCCAAACCCUUAUUUUCCUCACUUCUUGCUCAUUCCUUCUUUCACCUAUUGCAUUUCAUGUUGAGUUUAUCCAUCAACAUACUGCACCUGUCAGUCAAGUGAGCAGUUUUUUUUAGAACAUAUUAUACUGAGAACCACUUAAGCAUUGAAUGCAGAGAAAGCAGUGCUACCUCAGUUUUGCUGGAAGUAGACUUUGAUAGUUUUCUUUCUUUGAUGAGUUUUUCUGUAUUUUCAUGUUGUAAGUAGAAAUACUUUUUUUUUUUUCAUUUCCCUUGGAGCCAAAGUUUCUGUUCUUAGUGGUCGGAAAACUGUGCCUGCCGGCCAACUGACUUGAAGGAAAACUGUGGUAUGGAGCUCUGCUUGAAUUAUUUUUUUUUAAAUUUUUUUGAAUAUCAUCAGCUUACUUGUCUGGCAAGUGCAGAAGCCUGGGGCUGGCCUGAACUCUGCCAAACAAAUAUAGAAGCGUAUUUAAUAGUUAAACGUGUGCCCUUUCCCUUCUUGCUGCACCAAUGUUGUCACUUAACCCCCAGGAGUUAUUUAUUAUCUUCUUUGUUAAUGUCAGGCUCAUUUGGGGUAACGUGAUGACUGUUUAGGUUUACAUGACCCUCCUCUCCUUCCCUUACCCCCAAAUAUGUAUAUAUACAUAUAUAAGAUAUGUAUAUAUUUUACCUAUAUAAAAUAUAUAUAUACGCAUAUAUGUAUCUAUAUUCCUUUGUUUCUUUGCCUGCUAAAACUGGCCAUAAAAGAGGGAGCUGCCUUCCAUAUAUAAAAUAUAAGAAGAGUGCCAGGGAACGUCAUAAUAGAGGCUUUUGAAUCUGAAUUUGGACCAUUUUCACUAAAGAGAAAAUGAAUUUUCUUAGCCCUUUCCUCACAGGAGGGAGGAGCCCAGUUCCCCAGACUCCUCCGCAUGCUCGCUCCAUAAGGCCAGCUUUGGCCAAACUGCCAACAAGAGCUGACUCUGCUCCUGCCUCGUUUCAGUAGAGGGUCCUCUUGUUAUUUUUCCAUUAAAAAAAAAUGUCCUCAAAAAGUGUACUGGAAGGGUGGGUGGCAGGAACUUGUACAGUUCAGCUUCUGACACUUUGGAACAGAUUGAAAAGGGAAUCUUUUAAAUAAAAACUUAUAAAAAUAUUUAUAUUCUUGAGGUAAUGAGAGUUUGUCUAUUAAACAUUUGGAGUUUUCUCUCCUAACUACCCCAUCUCCCAGGUGUAUGUUUCUCAGCCUGGGCAGGAAUUGCUUAUUUUGAGUUCCUUUAUUAGCAGCUGUAAGGUUCUGGGCUCCCAUCUUUACAAAGAUGAUUAUUUAAGGAGUUUCUGCAGUCGAUAUUUUUCUAAAAUUGAGAUUGACAUAGGGAACAAGUUUGGAGUUUAAAUUUUUUUUUUUUAAUCCUAAACCUGACAGUUGCCCCUUCUAGAAGGGCGGAUGGGAAACUUUAAAAUCAGCCACAGUAGGUUAGCAAUACUGCUGGAAAGCUGAAGAGGGUCUCAGGCCAGAUGCCUGGCUUUGUUCUAGCCUAAGACAGAAGAUUGUUGUAUAGAGGGUUUCUAGGGGCCCCAGCAGAUUCUAUGGGCUCAACUGUACUUGUGGUGCCCAGACUGAGGUCUUAAAGAGACCACCUUCUCCAGCCAGUGUGCAACCCCGUUUUUCCUGAUUCUGGAUUGGGUAGAGGUUGAAUAAGGGACAAGGCAGGUAAGGCUCUUGCUGUCCCAGAUCAGAAGGGUGUAUGGAGAGAAGUGCACAAGAGGGAGGCGUGGAGGAUCCUGAGGACUCUGGCGGAACUGGAUCCCUUCCCCAGCCACAAGAAGGCAUUCCAUGCAUUAGGUGUACUAGCGGGGGUGGAUUUUGUUUUUUAAUUAACUAUUCAGCUCCGCCCCCAAAAGAGCAAUUAAAAAUUAUCUUUGGUUGUAUUUUUAAUGAUCUAUUUGUUACAAAAAUGCAAAUGAGAAGCCAGAAAAGGGAGCAUUCAGGGAGGGACUUAAAGAUUUCCUUCCAGGUUGAAUCUUUGAUGCAAGGAAUUGAAGCUUCCGCAAUAGCUCUAGGCCAAUGCUUGACUUUCUCUUGACCACAGGAAAAGUAGUUUUUCUGCAAAGGGAUCCAAGAUGGGGUGUGUGUAGGGUUUGCAGUUCUACUUGUGUUAAAUGAAAUGUCCCUGUUCCUCUUAACCUAGAAAUAGGUUUGCUGCUUAAUGAGUGCGCAGUAAUUGUGUGGAAGUGGCUAAACACAUGCCCCUCAGGUGAGCCACUGCACCCUUCACUUGAACAGUGUAACACCAGGGUGGUGUGGACAGGGGCAGGAUGUGGAUACCAUUUUGAAAAUAGGCAAAUAUCUGAGGGUGACUACAACAAACUGAAUGUGUGCUGCGAAAUUGCUUGGUUUUUGGCAAAUGGCUUUGUGAGCUUCUAUGAUGUUUCUUUAGCCAUUUAUUAGAAAGCUGUAUGAGAUGAAGUGUUGCUUUACUGAAUUGUUCUUUCCCCAUCCCUGCCUGAUUUGAAUGUAUCAUUCUUAACCCCACCUCCUGUAAUGACACUUUGCUAUGCUUCAGCUGGUUGCCUCAGCAGUUCUCUCUCAUCCUUGCCAGAUAUGCCCACAUGUGAGAGUUGGGUCCAAGACCCCAUGUAUACCCUUCUGAGAAGAAAAAUCUACAACUGGGUGAAGGUCCAAAUUUCACCUAAGCCCCCAGGCCCAAGGAAAUAUUAAACUUCCCUAAGGAAAGCACAAACUAGCCUUCUUGGAAAGGAAGAAAGGAGUAAGCCACACAGUAUUAGUCGGUCUUUCAAACAAACAGUACCGAUCUCCCAGGGGCUGGUGCCAAAAUUCAGUCCUCAGUGCUGGAGCCUGCAGGGCGUGGGACUCCAUAGUUCAUGUGAUGGCCUCAUAUACUAUACUAUGCCAAACUGUAUUAAACAAUGGUGGGAAAUUACUGGGAUAAGGACUUGGGUCUAAAAGUUUAAAAACUCAAACAGAUUUCUAUUUAGGACUGUGUUUGGUUUGCCACAUUUAAAGUGAAGUCUUCAGUGCAGUGCAGCCCAAAUUUAGACCCAAUUGUACAAUUAUAAGGGCUGGAAGGAAGCUGCUAGGUUUUUGUUUUAGUUGCCUGCUGUGCCAUUCUUGUGUCUCUAAUAUUUGGUUAGUGAUUACUUGAACAUCUUGGUAACUGACAAAGGUCUUCCGUGGGGGACUCCAGCAGUAUCUUGUUUAAACAGCUGAAAGGACUAUUGAAAGUUAUUAAAGUGUGUUAAUUGGGACUCAUUUGAGGACAUGUGAUAUUCCUCCUCCUCUUACUCCACAAUCUGUUUUCUGAAUCAUAUAGAGGGGCUUCCCACCCACCACACCCCCUCCCUUCAGAGUUUAUUCAACUAUGGUAAACUGUAACUAUAGCAUAUAUCCAGUUUAACCUGGAUUGGGACUGCAUUUUAGUGAGGAUCUGGUGGUUUUCAUUAUUGAAAGAUAAAAUUGAUGCUUGAGCACUGGUUGCAGAAGCCAAGUGGUUCAAAUAGCUUUGAGUAACCAUCAGGUUCUGUUUCUGACUGAGGUGCUGGGGCAUCACGUCCUUCCUCUUCCUCUUCUUGAAAACUCAGCCUGCUCUUACAGAUAGCUAGUACUUCUACCACCCACCUUCCCUCCCUACUACUUUCAACACAAAUCUUGGAUAUUGCCAAAGGAAGCCAUUCAGCAGCUGCUGUGGUUUUUUAUUUCCCCCCAACACACAUUUAUUCUGGGAAAAGUGUCUUCCCUCUGACCCUGGCCCCCAGCCCCGAGUGUGAGAUUAAUUGCCCUUACUUAUUGCACUAAUGAAUAUGGUUUCAAAGGGGGAAUUUGAAGCAAUAGGCAAAUGGGGCUUGGAUGAACUGGUCCUACAGAUAUCCUGCCUUAACCCGCUGAGGUGAUGAGUUCACUGCUCAUGUGACCCUCCACCUUUGUGGAUUCCUCUUGGUUUGUGACCAUCGUGUCUGUUUCUUGAAGUUGUACAAACUUGUUGACAAAAGUAAUACUUUCGUUUGUAUUCUCUGCACUGCUGCACUCUCCAAAUGGCCCCUUGAAUAUUUUUAUUACCUUGUUACACACAUUUUUGUCUUUGUCUACAUUAUUUCUUUCUUUUGAUGUUUUUUUUAUUUGAAGGUUACCUGCUGUUGGAUUUAAUAAAUUUGUUUACUUGA